CUCGCACUCCGCUCAGUGCGGAGAGGGAGGUGUUUGUUUUGGGGCGAAUCGGCGGACCGCUUGAUCGGAAUGGCUGCAGAGGAGACGGGGGGCUGGCAAAGUGCACUCUCUCUCGGAGGGGCAGGAACGUCUGAGAACCUCUCGUAUAUCCUUAGAAUUGGAAAAGCCCUGCUCCUUGGGUUCAUCAAAACACUCUGGCAGCAGCACACAGCAUCCCAUCCUCAGAUGAUCCCCGUGGAGCAACCUGGUGGGGAAGACGCAGCAAGUGGGGAGGAUGUGCUAGAUACUGCCCAAGUCACCUCGCUACAGGAGCGCAUGCUCCGUAUAUUGCAGGAGCUCAACAGUAAUCAGGAAAUUGCUAGGAUGGCAGAAAGUGUCACUGGUGACAACCCACUGAAGACCCUGGCUGGGGUGGCCGAACCCAUGUUUGCUACAGGGAUCAACUGGGGUCGGAUUGUUGUCUUCUUCUACUUUGCAUACAGAGUCAUUGCCCAGUCCAGUUCUGAUUGGUUUAGCACUGUGAUGGAUUGGACCAUGACCUUCUUACAGAACCGACUGGCUGCCUGGAUCCAACAGCAGGGGGGCUGGGUUGCUAUGUUUAGCUACAUCCCAUCUUCAAUAUAGAAGUGUGGAAGGAGACUGUGGAGCAUCUUUGGCAGUUCAAUCAAAUGCAGUACAGGGAAAAAAAUUCAGAAUUUUGCAGAAAAAAAUUCAGUUCCUCUUUGGGAGGAUUGUGCCUUGAUCAAAAUAAUAAGGAAGUGAACUGAAA